ACGGCGGUUGGAUCCAUGCGCGGGGCCUGAGGGAUGGUGGAGGAGAUGGAGCCGGUGCUGGGACAGCGGGGAGGAUUGUGCCGAGAUUUACUUUUACUUGGAAUGGAAGAGGAGGAUUUGCUUCAAACUGAACAUGUCUUGACUGCCAGUGAGGAUGAGGAUGGCAGUGAUGAUGAGAGGAGGCAUCAAAAACUAUUGGAGGCAAUUAGUUCCCUCGGCGGCAAGAGAAAGAAGAAAUUGGCAGAGAGGACGGAAGCCAGCUUACAAGUGUCAGAAUUCACUGUCAGUUCAGAAGGUGCUAAUGAGAAGAUUGAGCUAUCAGAUCUGCUGCGAACCAUUCGACCAUCCCUUUCAUCACUGAGUACAGUGAGAAAACAGCUCAAGACAUUUGAGAAGACAAACAAAACCCUAGAUUUACCUCUGAGCAAACAGCAAAGCGAAAAGAUUCAACGGUCUUUGGCAUAUGAGAAAACAUCAAAAGAGGUUACAAAGUGGAAUCAUACUGUGCUACAGAACCGGAAAGCGGAGCAGCUCAUCUUUCCACUAAAUGCAGAAGGACUUACUGUCAAACCAGUGGAAGAAAUGAUAGCCGGCUGGAAGGCACGUACACCCUUGGAACAGGAGAUUUUCGACUUACUUCACAAGAACAAGCAGCCAGUGUCUGUUCCAGCAUUGACAGCUGCAGAACAAGCUUCUGUCCGAGCUAUGAGUCUAGAAGAGGCAAAGGAACGUCGAGCUGAACUGCAGAAAGCAAGGGUCCUUCAGUCAUACUAUGAAGCUAAAGCAAAAAGAUCAAGGAAAAUCAAGAGCAAAAAAUUCCACAAAGUGAUGAAGAAAAUUAAGCAGAAGGAGAUUUUGAAGCAGUUCGAAGAAUUAAAGAAAACUAAGCCUGAGGAAGCUCUUGAAGAACUGAAUAAAAUGGAGCAAAGACGAAUGGAGGAACGAAUGACACUUCGACAUCAAAACAGUGGAAAGUGGGCCAAAUCUAAGGUUAUCAUGGCAAAAUAUGAUACUGAGGCCCGCAGUGCAAUUCAGAAGCAACUGGAGCAGAAUAAAAGGCUCACAACAAAAGUGCAAGCUCCAUCAGAAAGUGAGGAUGAAGUUGAACCUGAGGACAACAGGGAUGAGACUGUUCCAGAUUUUGUGAAUGACGCUGAGAUGAAUACAGUAGCAAAUCCUUGGAUGCUGGGAAAAUUGAGUGCCAAUCCCAAGCGUUUUGAAGCGCGAGAAACUGAGAUUGUCGCUCCUGAAAAGAUUGAUGAGAAUGAAGGCUCAGAUGAUGAGGAGAACCUUUCUGAAGAUGAGUUAUUGCUGCAAGAGUUUGAGAAACGGCGGAGAAUUCGUAAAGAAGGUGAUGGUGAACUGGCUGGAUCAUCUGUUAUUGUAGAUGAGAGCAAAGGUGAGGAAAGUGUGAGAAAUAAUGAAGACAAGGAAAGGGGGGCAGUCCCUGAGGAAAGUGAGAAAGAGCAGCAUCUUGAAGACGUGAAUGAGUUUAAUCACCUUUUUCAGAAAUUGAUUGAGAACAAAUCUGAUCCGAUGUCAAGAAACCCUAAAAAGUAUCAAAGAAAAAAUAAGAAAAUGGCACUUGAGAAAAGUGAGGAGGAUGUGCAGAUGCUAGAAAAAGCAGAAGAACCCAUACUAGAUGAACAGUUAGAGCGCAAAAGGACAGUGGAAGAUUUGGAAACUUUGAUUCAGGAAGAAUGUCAUGAUCUUAAUGAGGCCUCAGCCUUGGAUACACCACAGAUCAGUGGAGAUGCAGUCGAUUCAGAAAAUAAACCAAAUGCUACAACUGAAGGUAGAAUGAACCAGCUCAUCAAUCCUAAGAACGUAUUGAAUGUUACAUCCAAAAGCAUUAAAAUGCCUUUGGUUCCUACAGCAGUAGAAGAGGAGAAUGAAGAAUAUGAAGACCAGCGCAUGGUCAUUCAGGAGGCCUUUGCAUCAGAUGAUGUCAUUGAUGAUUUCGUAAAAGAUAAACAGAAGCAUGUUGAUGCUAGCAAACCGAAAGACAUUGACUUAACCUUACCGGGGUGGGGUGAGUGGGGAGGUCAAGGUAUCCGACCAAGUGCAAAGAAAAGAAAAAGGUUCCGCAUUAAAGCUGCUCCACCUCCACCCAGGAAGGAUCAACAUUUACCGAAUGUUAUAAUCAAUGAGAAGCGAGACAUUGGAGUUGCAGCACACCAAGUAAAUGAACUGCCUUUCCCAUACUCGCAUCAGAAUCAGUUUGAAAAGAGUAUCUGUGUCCCUAUUGGGAGUACAUGGAAUACUGAGAAAGUCGUGCAGAAGUUAACGCUGCCAAAGGUUGUGACAAAAAUGGGCACAAUAAUUGAACCAAUCUCUGAAGAUGAUUUGCUUCAAGAGAAGAAGAAAACUAUGAAAUCAAAAGUCAAACGGAACCCUCGUAAACACAGAAAAAUACAGAAUGCAUCAUCUCACCGAUGAACAGCAUUAUUGCUUACUGUCAUUUCUAGAGUGUCCAACUGAUGGUGAUCAUGGAUUUUUAUCAUUCCAUUACAGAGUGUAGUUAAAUCCAGCAACCGGACCAGAAUUUUGUCAUGGCAUUACUGCAAAUUGUGCUAUAGCCCUAUAGCUGUCAUCUUUAGUGGAAUGAUGAAUGAACAGAUAGAAACAUGUCAGCUCACAUCACAAUAAAAGCAGCUUUAUAAUUAUCAUUUGGAAAGUCUUUAUCUUAUUAUGCAGGGGAGGCUCACUUGUGAUGGCCCCUAUUAUCGCAGAAGAGCCUCAUGACUGUACUACACCAGAGAAUGUUAAGACACUACUGGAUAGAUCGGAAGAUCCAUAAAGUAUAAAGCAUAACAUUUUGUACUAAAAAGAGCAAUAUUCCUCCCAAUAAAACUGCAAUGUUACAAUGUGUACCUCCUACCAUACCAAGAAUAGAGAUGGAGAGGUGUGGUUUUUAAUGACCACUUCUUCCCCUUUCAUGAAAUGUUUCCCUAUCAUUACACAGUUGACGUAUUUUACAAAUGUCUUUUAAUAAUAUGAAAUCUCAGUCACUGUUAGUGGAUUUAAACUGAAGUGAGUCUAAAUUGGUCCCAUACUUGAAUUUCCCCUGAGAAUUGGGGAAGAGUGAGAGUACAAGUGAGAAAUGGGCUCGGAAACAAAAAGGUGAGUGAAUCCGGUAGAACUAUAUCUCAGUGUGUAUAUAUACUGCAGAAAAGGAGGAAUAACGAGAGUGUUGAUAACAAUCAUCCGGUUUAAUGGGUCAAAUAACAUGAACUAAGGUCUGCUCUGAGUAGCUUUGAGCAGUUAGAAUUACGGAUAUAUAAUUAAACUUUGUUAAGAAUGGGAUGUUAUCUAUUAUUUUUACACAACUGGAUGUUAUAAUAGUGAACAGAAAUUAAAUACUAUUGCUGAUGAAA